AUGGAGGGGCAAGACUUAAGAGUAAGGCUUGCAGAAGCUUUAAAUACUUAUGGCCUAAAGCAAGUUAACGUUGCAAAAGACACAGGCAUCCAUCACACAACUCUCAGCCUUUGAUUAGGUGGAAGAAUAAAAGGAAGCAAUCCAAAAAUCGAAAACGAAGUCGAAGCGUGACUAAAUAAUUUAAGUGUUUCGCGGCCUAAAGAACUUGGCCCAGUUAGAACUGACAUCACUAGAUUCCUCCGGAUCACCCACAGCCAAAAUGAGCUGCCUGGAGAAGAGAGCGAGCUGAUUCCAAUCAGAAUUGACAUAGAAAUCGAAGGUAGACGUGUAAAAGAAGCAAUUUGUUGGGAAAGCCAAGAACCUUAUUUCACUCCUCAGAGCUUUGCUGAAAUUCUGUGUGAAGACUUAUCCCUGCCACAGCCUUUUCAGAAAGAAAUCGCUGGAACUAUUGAAAAAAGAAUACAAAGGCAUGAAAAUUAUAAUUGGAAUGUGGGAGAAUGCAUACAGAUUAUUGAUAUUGAAAUAAGAAUGGAAAACAUGAUAUUGAGAGACAGGUUUCUUUGGGAUAUCAACAAUAAAGAAAAUAGUCCUGAGUUUUUUGCACAGUGCUUGUGUGCUGAUUUAGGGCUUGGAGGAGAUAUAGCUGUACAAAUUGCUUAUAUUAUUAGGGAAAGGAUUGCGUACCUGCAUAAACAUUUAGUGACGAUGAGGCCUGGAUCUGUGCCGAUAAAUGCAAUUUAUAGGGAUAACCCUCACGAGUGGGAACCAAAAUUGAAAUUAUUAAAUAACAUUAUGUAG